CUAAUUAGGCAUACAGCAAGCAUUACUUUCUCUCACAGCUGACCUGACAGCACCUAAUCCCCCGUCGUCGAUGGCUCAGCCGUCAGAACCUCUCCGCCGCCGCAACAACCACCACCACCGUGACAACCACAUCUGCAACUUCCUUCAAUCAACAGCUUCCAACCUCCUCUCUCUCUUCAACAGCAACAGCAGCAGCAGCAACCUUUCUCCUCCAACCCUUCCACAACCACUCUCCUCCAAAAUCUCUCUCCCUCUACCACUCCCUCUCCAAUUCGCACCGCUACUCCCCGCGCAAUCAUCAUCCACCUCGGCCGAGUCAACUCGCCCCGACUCACCAUUCCCCUCCGCCGCCAAAUCGCUGCGCGUGGCCGGACUCAGCAAGGAUGGCAAGGGUGGCGGCGGCCCUGCCUUCGUCGGUCAGGUAUUCAGCAUGUGUGACCUCUCAGGGACUGGCCUCAUGGCAGUUUCCACUCACUUCGAUAUUCCCUUCAUCUCUAAAAGAACACCUGAGUGGCUGAAAAAAAUAUUUGCAGCAAUCACCAAGAGUGAGAGGAAUGGCCCUGUAUUCCGCUUUUUUAUUGAUCUAGGAGAUGCAGUUUCAUAUGUCAAAAAACUGAAUAUUCCAAGUGGUGUGGUGGGAGCCUGUCGUCUUGAUCUAGCAUAUGAACAUUUCAAGGAAAAACCACACUUGUUCCAAUUUGUACCAAAUGAGAAGCAGGUCAAGGCAGCUAACAAGCUUUUGAAGACAAUUGCACAAGAUGGUGUUGGAAAAAAGGUCGAUGGGGUGCCUGUGUUUAGUGCCCAGAACUUAGACAUUGCAAUUGCAACUAAAGAUGGAAUUAAAUGGUAUACUCCCUACUUUUUUGAUAAAGGCGUGCUUGAUAACAUUCUUGAAGAAGCUGUUGAUCAACAUUUCCAUACAUUAAUCCAAACUCGACACUUGCAGCGACGGCGAGAUGUGGUUGAUGACAACCUAGCAGCAGAAGUGAUUGAGGAAAUGAAUGACAGUUUAGGGGAUCCUCCAGAGGUUCAGGAAGUCCUAGAUGAAAUGGGCCAUCCAAGUAUACCACUAAGUGUUAUUUCAAAAGCUGCAGAACUCCAGUUCCAUUAUACUGUUGACAAGGUAAUCCUGGGUAAUAGGUGGUUGCGGAAAGCAACAGGCAUACAACCAAAAUUUCCCUAUAUGGUCGACUCGUUUGAGAGAAGAAGUGAAGCUUCUUUGCUGAGGAUUUCAGAUUCAAGCAGCUGUCUUGAUAACUCUAAAGGGGAAGAUGAUAGGAAACAUUCUGAAUGCAUUGACUCCUCUUGUUUCAAUUUGGAUGAUAACAAUUCUACAAUCGAAGACUCUCAUCCCAAAUUUAGGCUACCUUUUGGUGGUUGGUUUCCCCAAAAACAGCAGGAAAAAGUAGAAUCCUCGAGAAAAGGGGUACACAAAGAAGAUUCAAGACUGAGUCCCUUUCUUCCAAAAGUAACAAUGAUUGGUCUAUCUACAGAGGAAGCAAGCCAGAUGAGCAAAGCUAGUUUGAAGAAGCAAAUGGAGAAUUUAACAAAAGAGUUGGAGAAGUCAGAGUUAGAUAAUGUGAUUGGUAGUGGUAGCAGUGAGGGCAAUGUAGAAGAUAGAGAUCCACUUUUUGUAGCAAACGUUGGUGAUUAUUAUUCUGGUAUUGCAAGAAAAGGACCUGGUCGCUGGAUACGUGGAGGAACCAACUAAAACCUAAAUUUAUAGAAAGACAACUCCAUUUGCAGUUGCAACCUUGCAGGUAAUUGUGCUCUUGUGGAUAUUUUUGUUUGUCUCCCCAAUAAAAUACAUAGAGAGGAUUUGUUAGAAACUAACAGGUUAAAACGUUUCUGAGGUAGAAAUAAACUUAUAAUGAGAUAGAGGUGCAUAAUGCCACUGCAUACUGUGAGCUUGAGAUUGGGGCUGGUCAAUGUUGUAAAUUAUUUAUAUUUUUUUCCUUGUAAUCCAUCAAUAUGGCCCAUUUUGCUGACCUUUGAGGAGUUAAGUGAAACUUUUGUACCAGAAGAAUUGAAACUAUAUAAAUCUUAAGAGACUAUCGCCUUCUAUGUUAAUGCUGUUUCGAU